GGAUCCCAACGUUCACCUACAAGAGCCGGCUCUUAGAGCCGACUCGUUCGCGAACGAGCCAUCACUACCACACAUCCAGUGCUAAGCACAAGUGCGAUAGGGCUCUGCUUCGUUCAUCACAGGCUCGCACACCCUGUCAUCUCCAGCCAUUCAUUCUGCCCUCCCUCGCUUCGGCGCACGCUGCAUUCCUCUGGUAGCUUUUGGAUAGCGCAUAGCGAUGUUUCUCUGCAGAACGGCCUGGCAAAGAUGUGGGCAUUUGACAAGGAAGUCAGCCUACCAGUUAUCUAGAGAUGUACUGCCACGGCGACAGAUGUCGUCGCUCCCCGGUGGUACUGGUGAUAACAUCAUCUAUGCCCUGCUGUGUGGUGGGGCCUUCGCUGGAGCUGUCGCCUAUACGUACAGCACUGUGACCACAGACCACGCCAGAUUCACCGACCGUGUAGCGGAUAUCAACGCUCGUCCCAAGACCGAGUGGGUUCCCAAACCAUGGCCCCCCAAGAGCAGGGAUGAGGAAGAGGAGGGUGAGGAAGCAGUAGCCGAUGGAGAGGAGGCGGCGGCUGGAGAGGAACCUGCAGCUGAAGAGGCUGUAGAGGCGGAAAACGUAGCAGAACUUGCUGAAGAGACCGAGGCAGUCUCUGAGGAACCUGCUGUGGAGGCAGCAGUAGAGGAAGUGGCUGUAGUAGAAGCAGAGACUGUGGUGGAGGAGGUCGCAGAGGCUGUCGCCGAGGCUGCUGAAGUUAUCGCCGAGGUUGCUGAAGAGGUCGUUGAGGUGGCCAUGGAAGUAGAGGCGGCAGCAGAGGAAGUGGUCAUAGUGGCCGAGGCCGUGGAGGAUGCUGCAGAGGCCAUUGCCGUGCCCGCCUUCCCCGAGGAAGCAGUUGCUGUGGUAGAGCCAGAGAGCAAUGUGGCACCAGUCGCUAUGGCUGCAGCCUCUGCUUUGGUGGUGACAACAGUCGCUGAAGUAGUUUUAGAAGUCAAGGAGGCUGCCCCUGUAGAGGUCCCAGCUGCAGAAGAAGCCUCUCCAGUCGAGGCCGCACCCAUAGAAGAGGCUCCAACUGCAGUCGAAGAAGCUCCAAUUGAGGCUGCCGCAGCAGAGAUGUUGGAGGCAGACGCUGCUCCUGUGGAGGCAGACGCUGCUCCUGUGGAGGCAGACGCUGCUCCUGUGGAGGCAGACGCUGCUCCUGUGGAGGCAGACGCUGCUCCUGUGGAGGCAGACGCUGCUCCUGUGGAGGCAGACGCUGCUCCUGUGGAGGCAGACGCUGCUCCUGUGGAGGCAGACGCUGCUCCUGUGGAGGCAGACGCUGCUCCUGUGGAGGCAGACGCUGCUCCUGUGGAGGCAGACGCUGCUCCUGUGGAGGCAGACGCUGCUCCUGUGGAGGCAGGCGCGGCACCUGUGGUGGAAGGCGCGGCACCUAUGGUGGAAGACGCGGCACCUGUGGUGGAAGAGACGCCAGCUGCUAAGGAGUACAUUGUCGUGGUGCUGGACGGAGCGAGCAUGUCAGACAAGAGGCCCAAAGUCCUGGGGAUUGGCCCCAUGACCGGCAGGAUUAUCCCAGACGAAGACGAGGCCCCUGCUGCUGAGGUAACAGGGCAAGCGACGGCUGCUUAGGAUACAGAUGCAGUUGAACCAACUGACAGUAAGCACUUGGAGCCCCUGGAUGAUAUAUCUACUCUGAGGAAGACAAGGGAUGUGCCUUCCCCCACACUUGAACCCUUCCACACACUUUGACCCCUGACAGUCUACCCUUGAUUUUUAUCUGUAGUAUAAAACUUUUCUCCCUGUCUUGCAUCAGCGAAUUGUCUGUGUAUAUGUUCAGAUAAUGCUUGCUUUAUGGAAACAAACAUCUGAUAUAUUAUUCUAACGUACUCCACCUGUUCCAAGAAGAGGUACAUCUUCCUCUUGUAUCACAUUGGAGACGUUUAGAAAUGGUCCAUCUAUGUAGGCUUCACAACUGAACCUAGUACAAUGUAGUACAUAGUACAAUGCAUUACUCUUCUCACCUUUUUAGAUGUGCACAGUCACAAAACAACUGUGAGUUUACUACUGGUUCAUCUGCACAACCUUUGAACAGAGAUUGUCUUUCUCUCAAUGGGAGUUAUAUUUUCUUAGUAUUCAGUAUGGUUGCAGCUGUGAAGGCUAAGGAUACUCUCACAGCAUAGUAUGUCAUAGUUUACUUCACCCAAGAAACCUCACACUAGACUCACUCCAAUGGUGUCUUCUGAUUCUCACCAUCCAAGGCAAUACUACACAUCCGAUGCUCAGCCAGCAAUUGCCUCAUGGCCGGGUAGGAAUGUGACCAGCAUUUUUCAACUAUCCUCAGGUUUUAACUCUUUGGGCUGAUUCCAAUGUGCUUUUGGAAAUCAAAUCAAAUCAAAAAAUCGCUCUAUUUCUGAGUCACUGACUUGUUUUUGGGAGACCAGAUCAAUUAGGCUACCUUACCAGCUCAGUAUUCCUCCAGCUUGUGAUCCACAGACCUUUUAUUAAUGCAGUAUUACAGUUGAACAAACCUUUGCAGUUGCAUGCCAGACAUGUGAUUCAAAUUGGGAAAAGAGCAUGACAACGAACCAGUCAGGUUUUUACAGUCGGUGAUGUCUCUUCAAGCUAGACUCCAUUGCAUAGUCCAUGAUGUCGCUCUUCAAGAUUUCAUAAGGCAGACAUUUUCAUCUGUCUUUUAACUUUCUCCCUCCCCCUCUGUUGUAGAGCCUUUCUGUUCGAUAGUCCAUUUAUUUAUGUGACCCACUAUAGCUUAUUGUGGUGAAAAGCUGUAUCUGAAAUAGGAAAAGCCAUGAUUUGAGUGUAUAGCAUGUUUUCCUAGGCUGGUAUAAACAGUUGUGUUGUGCUUGUUUUUUUAAAACUCUGCAGUCAGGCUUGUGUGGUGGCAUACAUUCAGCUUUUCAAAUGAGAUGAUUUACUAGUUAGUUUAGAUUCCUAAAUACAUGUUUGUAACUUUGUCAGAACCAGUUAAAAUAAUCUGCAGGCCCUACAAGGCUUUCACUGUAGACAUACUCUACAUAUUUGUUGUAGGACUAGUUCUCUUCUCACUUUCCUCACAUAUUUUAUUUUUGAUAUGUUAGGCAUAUUUGAAAUGGUACCGAGACCGUUGAUAAGAAGUGAAUGUAGGAUCAUUCCUAAUUAAGGAGUGGGAUAAUUCAGGGUGUAUGUCCUAAUGUUUGCAGGCAGGUUUUGAAUGGGCUAUAUAGUGGCUUGUCCUGUGAGUGGAUGGCUUCACGCUGUGCAUCUGGCCUAGCAUGGGCUACAAACUGUGACUAUUUGAAACAUUUCUGUUUUUCUGAAAUAAAGGAAAAUUUCAGUUUUGUCUA